AUGCCUGGUCUAGCACUGCUCAUAUCGCUGGCGGCCGUGACCGUCGGUCUGUCCUACUUGCUAGUGCCUUACUCUAUCCGCUUCAUCACCCAGAACAUUGGCUCGACUGUUCGUGCGCACACACAGACAAGGAGANGAGCUGUUGCUCAAGAGGGCAGCCGACGACGAGAAGUCUUCACCCCCACCUCGAACAAGGAUCGUCUAGCCAAGGGUGACUACCAUGGAAAGCCAGCACACGAAUGGGAUGGCAUUAUUGGCUUCUUCCACCCCUUCUGGUACUUCUGCUCCAACACUCCUCUAUGGCAAGACACUGACCACGGCUAUAGUAAUGCAGGAGGCGGUGGCGAACGGGUGCUCUGGGCAGCCAUCCGCGCAACCCAAGAACGCUACCCCAAAGCCCUCUGCGUCGUCUACACGGGCGACCACGACGUCGACAAGGACACCAUCAUCGCAAACGUCAAGAACCGCUUCAACAUUCCCCUCCACGCCCCUCGUCUUACCUUCCUCUACCUCAGCACCCGCGACUUCCUCCUCGCUCAACACUGGCCCCACUUUACUCUCCUCGGCCAGAGCAUCGGCAGCUUGAUCGUCGGCUGGGAUGCCUUCAACCUCGUUGUCCCCGACAUCUUCAUCGAUACCAUGGGCUACGCCUUUACCGUCGCCUUCUCACACUUCCUGUUCCCCGAUGUCCCUACAGGCGCCUACGUUCAUUAUCCCACCAUCUCCACCGACAUGCUGGGAAGUCUCGACGCCUCUGGUCGCGGUGUCAACGCAGGCUCAGGAAGUGGUUGGAAGGGAAAGGCCAAAAAGACAUACUGGCACCUCUUCGCCCGUCUGUAUAGCUGGAUCGGCGGCGAGAUCGACGUCGUCAUGACAAACUCGACCUGGACUCAGAACCACAUCAAAGCCCUCUGGGGUCGCACACGUCAAAAGAGAUGCUGGACACGCGACACCUUUGUCGUCUUCCCACCCGUCGCUGUCGAAGAGCUGGAACACGAGAUUGAAGUAUCCGAAGAGUCGGAGAAGAGUAGGAGAAAGGACAUACUCUACAUUGCACAGUUCCGCCCUGAAAAGGAUCACCAAANNAAUAUCAUCAUGGCCUUUGCCGAGUUCUUGCGCCGUCGCAAGACUGGUGACAAGGACACUCCCAGAUUGGUCCUCGUGGGCUCGGUGCGUGACGAAAAGGACAAGAUGCUGGUCUACAAGCUACGUGUGCUGGCGCGCGAACAACACAUUGCCGACCACGUCGACUUUGUUAUUGAUGCAAAGUGGUCGCAGAUCUUGGAUCGCCUGAGGACCAGCUGGAUCGGUGUCAAUGGCAUGUGGAACGAACACUUUGGUAUUGGCGUUGUCGAGUACCAGGCCGCCGGACUGAUCUCUGUGGUCGACGAUAGCGGUGGCCCCAAGUACGAUAUCGUGGUUCCAAUUGAUGGAAAGCCUACUGGUAAGUUUAUCUUGGUCUGCUUGUGGCAUUUCCGCGGAACUUUCACUGACAUUCAAUCAACAGGCUUCCAUGCAAAAUCACCUUCAGAAUUCGCAGACGGCUUCGCCAAAGCGCUGGAUCAGUCACCAUCAGAGACGCUAGCUAUGCGCAAGAGAGCCAGGACCAGCGCCAAACGCUUCUCCGAAGAAGUGUUCCGUGACAGUUGGAACGCACAGAUGGACAGACUGAUACAUUUGCGCGUCACGCCAAAGGGAGAGCGUCAAAAGCUGAGGCUAGAGUAG